CACAAACGAUACAUUCAACAGAGGAAGCGGAAAAGACGAAACAUACGAGACCGUUUUUCAUUUCAAAACCCCGGGGCUGUGGAUAGUACCUUGAGUUUUUUAGCACCCACACCUCCCCACUUUUCACUUGAUCUUCAACGCAAAAAAACUCGCGUCUUUCACCCCGUCAUUUCACUUUUUGUCCAUCUUUCCCCCCAGCUGUUUGCAGCUGGACAGAAAGCACCCGCCCUGUUCGGUGAGAAGGGGCCGAGCGUGACCGGAGGAGGAGACAGAUGGCCCCCCAAGCUUCGCAGCCGCCGGGCAGGCAGAACAUCCUGAAGUUCCUCCGGAGCUUUUUGGGAGUCCUCCGGAUCCUGCAGAUAGCGUUCGGAGCCGGACUCUGGGUCACCAUCGCCGCCAACAAAUACGAGGGCUCCAUCCACUUCGUCCUGUUCGUCGCGGUCCUCUUCUGGCUCCUCACCCUCGCUCUGUUCUUCCUCACCCUCCUGGACAAGCAGGACCUGGUCCCGCUGCUGGGAGGCGAGCGCUGGUUGCCCGCCAACCUGGCGCACGACGUGGCCGCCGCCGCGCUCUACCUGCCGGCCAUAGGUGUGAUGAUCUACAAGACGGAUCGCAACGCGUACUGCAACCUGGAGCAGUACAAGCACCCGUGCCUGUACAAGGUCUACCUGACUGCCGCCGCGUUCUCCUGCCUGAGCUGCCUGGCUUACCUCGUGUCGGCUAUUUAUGGAGGCUGCAGGAAGUGUCGGGGGGAGCAGACGGUCGUCUGAUGGGAAUGGAAGGAAAGAGAGGGGGGGGGGAUCCACAGCAAGAUGAGGAAUAGUUAACUUCACUGUUAUUUAACUCCACAGCUACUCUUAAUUGGCAGGUUUGUCUGUCGUCUUCCAGUGUCAGUGCUUUCCACUUCUGGUGGUGGAGAGAAAGCAUCCGAGGUCACUCAACCUUUGUCACACAAAGGCCGCCCUGGAGGGUAGUCUGAUGGCAAACGUGGACCUGAGCAUUGUGGACGUGCAAAGUCCUCCCGCCCCUUGUAGUGAUUUUGUGUAAUUUUCCCUGAUGCAUUAUAACAUACCUUUACGUGCAUAUUAUAGUUGGGUAGUUUAGUCUGUGUUUACAAUGCAAAGGCCUUGAGGUAUUAGUGUCAGUAUUACUGAGUUACUCAUGCACAUGAGAUACAUACCUUUUUAUAAAAGUAUAUUUUAUAAUGUUUGACAUAUUUUUUAUGACAGCAAUUAUACUGAGGCAUUACGGAGCAACACACGUGUUGAUCACUUAUUGACCAUUUCUGAUUUUAUUUUGUCUGACUCAAAAGCUGCAAACCGUUUCAUCAGUGCCUUCUUUCAAAUUGCUGUAUACACAACAAGGUUACGAUAACAACAACACAGUGGGUGCUAUAAUGUGUAUGCUGAACAAAAAUCUUUCUUAUGUAUUCAUUAAAAAGCCAAAGAAUAAAUACUAGUAUGUGA